AUGGCAGUCGCCGCCGCCGACGUCCUCGAGACGGUGGCAAGGAUCUGUGGCAAACUAGCGAGCGAGGACGACGAUGGCGGCGAUCAGGCGGUGGUGGUGGAGUCGCUUCGCGAGCUGCAGGACGUCCACAUGACCUUCGAGGCGCUGGAGGCCACCAAGAUAGGCCGCGCCGUCAAUACCCUGAGGAAGAGCGCGGCGUCGGAGCAGGCGCGCCGGCUCGCCGCCGCGCUCUACACGGGAUGGAAGGCUCUGGCCGACGAGCGGUUCAGGAGCAUCGUCAGGACGCAGCAGCAGCAGCAGCGGUCGAAGGCUGAUGAUGAGGGCAGCAACAAGCGUCGUUCCUCUUCGCCACCGCCGCUGCCAGUCGAUGCGAAGCAGUCGGCGGCUCGGCUCGACGGCCACCGCGAGAUCGCCUCGACAACAACAACCCUACUCGUAGAGGCGACGCCGGAGCUGGAGACGAAGCUUCCCCGCCAUGACGUGUUCGACAGCGCAGCGAUCAUCAAGAAGCCGAGGAGCUUAUUACCAGUGAUCAAUACCAAAGCGUCGGGAAAGUCGUCAGAGCAGCGCCGCGUGACCGUCGUCCGGCGUACGGCGGCGGCCCCGGACCCGGAGCCCGCGCCGGCGCCGGCGCCGUCGAACACAAGGCGAAACGGCGGCGGCUCCAACAACUCCAACCAGCAAGCCAACUGCGCGGCGACCGCAAGAAACCAUGGUACCAAUACUGCUGCCAAGCGUGUCUCGCCGUCGCCGACCAGCGCUACACCCUUGACGACCGCUAAGCCGCCGCCGCCGACGACGACUGCAUUGCCAAAGCGGCCCGGCGUCGUCGGUUCGUCGGGCGCUUGCAAGCGCAAAGCAGAGGCAACAACGACGGUUUACGACGAGGCGAGGCUGGAAAGGGCCAGGAUAAGGCUCCAGGAGGGGUACAAGGAGGCCUCCGCCGUCAAGGAGAAGAGGAAGACCAAGGAGAUCAACGCCAUUGAUGCACUGAGGAAGAAGGCGAGGCAGCAGCGUACUGCUCACCAUGUACAGCGGUGCACGGCUAUCCAACGAACAGGGAAGCAAGGUCCGGUGCCUUGUCCGCCCAGAAGGAUGAUGCCCAAGGCUUUUUGA